UGCAUUAGCUAGCAAUUUUAGAAAAAACAAAAAAUCCUGAUGAUCUUGCAUUCUAGAAAAAGUUACAUGGCAGUAAGAGUCUGACUUUAUACUAGUAAGUCUCCUGAUUAAGGACACAAUGCCGGGAAAACGAAUCGCGGUGAUCGGUGCUGGGGUCAGUGGAUUAGGCGCCAUUAAGAUCUGCCUGGAGGAGGGACUGCAGCCCACCUGUUUUGAAGAAAGCGAUGACAUUGGAGGACUGUGGAGAUAUGAGGAGGACACUCAAGGUGGCAGGCCAAGUAUCUAUGAAUCUGCCACCAGCAACACUUCGAAGGAGAUGACAACAUACAGCGACUACCCUUUCCCUGAUCACUUCCCCAACUACCUGCACAACUCCAAAAUCAUGGAGUACCUCAGGAUGUACGUCAGACACUUCUGCCUUCUGAAGCACAUCCGCUUUCUGUCGAAGGUGUGCAGCGUGAGGAAGUGCUCCGACUUCUCGUGCACGGGACAGUGGCAUGUGGUGGUCGAGGCCGGAGGGAGGCAGGAGCCCUACGUCUUUGAUGGGGUCCUGGUGUGCACCGGUCUUUACAGCGAGCCCUUCCUGCCACUCCAGGACUUCCCAGGAAUCCAGAGGUUCAAGGGCCAAUAUAUCCACAGCUGGGAAUACAAGAAUGCAGAGAAAUUUCGGGGAAAGAAGAUCAUUGUGGUCGGCAUUGGAAAUUCUGGAGCUGACCUGGCGGUUGAGCUCAGUCAUGUAGCUGCACAGGUGUUUCUGAGCACGAGGCGGGGCGCCUGGAUCUGGAACCGGGUCUGGGAUAAUGGGAUGCCGAUGGACACAGUUCUCUUCACUCGCUUUAAUUCUGUCCUCAACAAAUUUUACCCUACAUUCUUGAUCAACAGAUGGGCAGAGAACAAGUUAAACACUCGGUUUAACCACAGCAUUUAUGGCUUGCUACCCCAACACAGAUUUCUGAGCCAUCAAGCUACUUUCAGUGAUGAUCUACCCAACCACAUAAUUUCUGGAAAAGUUCUGAUAAAACCGAAUGUGAGAGAGUUCACAGAGACAUCUGCCAUCUUCGAAGACGGCACGGAAGAGGACAUUGACUUAAUUAUCUUUGCCACCGGAUAUGCUUUCUCUUUCCCCUUUUUGGAAAAUAGCGCAACGGUUCUGGACAGCCAGCUCUCCAUGUUUAAGUUCGUCUUCCCUCCUCGGCUAGAGAAACCAACGCUGGCCUUCAUCGGCAUCCUGCAGCCGGUGGGAGCCACCAUGCCCACAUCAGAACUCCAGAGCCGGUGGGCUGCACGUGUGUUCAAGGGAUUGACCAAAUUACCUUCAGUGAGUGACAUGAUGGCUGACAUAAGAAAGAAGAGAAAAAAAACUGAAAAAGAACUCCUGAACAGUCCUCGUGUUAGGCGCAGAGUGCAGUACGUGGACUACAUGGAUGAGAUCGCCUCUGAAAUAGGAGUGAAGCCCAACCUGUUCUCACUCUUCCUGUGGGACCCGAAGCUGGCGGUGGAGAUUUUCUUUGGACCAUGCACCCCGUACCAGUACCGCCUACAGGGGCCAGGGAGGUGGGCCGGUGCGCGGGACGCCAUCCUGACCCAGCGAGAGCGGAUCAUCAAGCCUCUGAGGACUCGCGCCCUCGCCGGCGGGCAGCCUCCAGACGCCGUGCCCCUCUGGCUUAAAAGUGUCUGCGCAGCCCUGCUCCUCUUCGCUCUCGCUUCAGUUAUUAUUAGGGGGUAAUCCUCCUAUGAUCAUUACCUACUACAGGCGAACAGUGACAAACCUAAUUACGGAGCGGGCAUGUGCACGUGUCUAUCAGUUCAGACUAGACUAGGGCAGCAAAUUACCUAGUAAGUCCAAUGUUUCUCAUGCAUGAGUAUUUUGGAAAAAUUAGAGAUUUCUUCAACAGAUUUCAAAUGAAGUGGUUUGUAUGAAACUUUGCUUUACAAGUACAUAUUCAAUUUCUAUCAUAUGACAACUGUUUUCAGUUGCACCAAGUUCUCCUUGGGAAAACUCCCUUUAUAAGAAGCACACAACAAUUUGUCAGCUACUUGUAAUUGGCAAG